UCCCUCUAAGCCAGCGUCUCACAGAGCGUUUCCUCCCUGCAGGUAACGUGGUGGACAGCCAGUCCCCUCGGCUCUUGGCAAAUCAGCUAAGAUGGGACCUGACUGCCGAACAGAUCGAAAAUAUGGCCACAGAGCUCACGGAGAGAACCAAGCUUGUGUACGACCGGGUGGGCUCCCAGGAGCAGGGCGAGGUGUCCUAUGAAAACACCCUCAAGGCGCUGGCAGAUGUGGAAGUGGAAUAUACGGUCCAUCGGAACAUGCUGGACUUCCCCCAGCACGUCUCUCCAUUCAAAGACAUCCGUGCAGCCAGCACCGAGGCUGACAAGAAGCUCUCGGAGUUCGACGUGGAGAUGAGCAUGAGGCAGGACGUGUACCAGCGCAUUGUCUGGCUCCAGGAGAAAGCAGAGAGCGCUUCACUGAAGCCUGAAGCAAAGAGAUACCUGGAGAGGCUGAUCAAACUGGGGAAACGCAAUGGGCUCCAUCUCCCUGAGGAAACGCAGGAGAAAAUCAAAGCUAUUAAGAAAAAGCUGAGCAUCCUUUGCAUAGACUUCAACAAGAAUCUCAACGAAGACACCACCUACUUGCCCUUCUCGAAAGAGGAACUAGGGGGGCUCCCUGAGGACUUCCUCAACUCCCUGGAGAAGACGGAGGAUGGCAAGCUGAAAGUCACCUUGAAAUACCCGCACUACUUCCCUCUCCUGAAGAAGUGCUACGUGCCUGAGACGAGGAGGAAGGUGGAGGAAAUGUUCAACUCCAGGUGCAAAGAGGAGAAUUGCUUGAUUCUCAAGGAGCUGGUGGACUUGCGGGCUCAGAAGGCCAGUCUGCUGGGCUUCAACACACACGCCGACUUUGUGCUGGAGAUGAACAUGGCUAAAAGCAGCAAGACAGUGGCUAUGUUCCUGGAUGAGCUGGCCCAGAAGCUGAAACCUCUCGGGGAGAAGGAACGGGCUGUGAUCCUGGACCUGAAAAAGAAAGAGUGCGAGAAGCGCGGCCUGGAAUUUGACAACCGCAUCAAUGCCUGGGACAUGCGCUAUUACAUGAACCAGGUGGAGGAGACCAAGUACAGCGUGGACCAGAACCUGCUGAAGGAGUACUUCCCCAUGCAGGUGGUCACCACGGGGCUGCUGGCCAUUUACCAGGAGCUGCUGGGCCUCACUUUCCACCUGGAGGAGAAGGCUCAGGUCUGGCACGAGGACGUGCAGCUCUACACAGUGGAGGACACCUCUUCCGGGGAGACCAUUGGCAAAUUCUACCUGGACCUGUACCCGCGGGAGGGGAAGUACGGGCACGCAGCCUGCUUCGGCCUGCAGCCAGGCUGCCUCUUGCCGGACUCCAGCCGGCAGAUCUCGGUGGCUGCCAUGGUGGCCAAUUUCACCAAGCCCACACCAGAUACACCUUCCCUGCUGCAGCACGAUGAGGUGGAGACAUACUUCCAUGAAUUUGGGCAUGUCAUGCACCAGCUGUGCUCUCAGGCGGAGUUUGCCAUGUUCAGCGGCACACACGUGGAGCGGGACUUUGUCGAGGCACCGUCACAGAUGCUGGAGAACUGGGUGUGGGAGAAGGAGCCGCUGCUGCGCAUGUCCAGGCACUACAAAACUGGAAGCCCCAUCCCCGAUGAGCUCCUGGAGAAGCUCAUUAAAUCCCGGCAGGCGAACACUGGACUCUUCAACUUGCGCCAAAUCGUCCUGGCCAAGGUGGACCAGGCGCUGCACACCCAGACAAAGGCUGACCCCGUGGAGGUGUUUGCCCGGCUGUGUGAAGAGGUGCUGGGCGUCCCCGCCACCCCAGGUACAAACAUGCCCGCCACGUUUGGCCACUUGGCCGGAGGCUACGACGCCCAGUACUACGGCUACCUCUGGAGCGAGGUGUACUCCAUGGACAUGUUCCACACACGCUUCAAGCAGGAGGGCAUCAUGAACUGCAAGGUGGGCAUGGAUUAUAGGAAUUGCAUCCUGCAUCCUGGCGGUUCCCUGGAUGCUUCCGACAUGUUGAGGAAGUUCCUGGGCCGUGAGCCCAAGCAGGACGCCUUCCUUGCCAGCAAAGGACUGAAGGUGGAGAGCAACUCGCUGCCUUCGGCCUGCUGAGAAGCUGCUCCAGCCCGUUAGAGUCAAGCCAGCUCCUUUGUCCACACACCAGUCCUCGCAGGCCAAGCCGUUCCCACUCCUUCUGUCACCGAAUGCGUCCUGGGCCACCCCCCUACCCCCCCUGGAGCUGUUUCUCCAGGAUCCUGCUCCGAGCUCACCCUGGGCUUCGGGCGCCAGGUUCGGUUGUGGUCCAGGGCUCUGUGGUGACAGCUGGGGACUCGAGUUGCCUUUGUCACCCCCCUGGGGGACAUGGGGCUGUCGGUAACCCUCACUAAUUGGCUGAACUUUGAACCUGAGUUCUG